CAGGGGUUCGGUGUUUUCACCUCGAGUUGUAAUAUCGAAACAACACAUUAAGGAAUACAAUAAAGGAAUGAGUGUCGCUUAGAAUUAGCAAGUCACUCUUUGUGUAAAGCAACUAGCAGUAACGGCCGAGUUGAGGGGACGUCGUGUGUAUUUUCCGAGUUCGAAUCUUCCUUUUCCGAUUAUUUCCGCAACACGUGAACGCAGGGUGAUUUUACAGCUUGUCUGUGUGUUAGCCGCAUCCCACCAAAGUGAUCAACAGCUCCCCGUCUUCACAUCAAAAGCCUUUUAUUUCAAUAGAUUCUGAUUUCAAGGGCAAAAGUUAAUAACCGGAGCGUACGGAGUGUUACAUUACAGUCAUCGUUUAUCGCUGACUGCGGUUCUUUUGGCGUCUUUUAGCCAGCUAACGGCAGCGUUAGCACAGCGGCCGCAGGUAUGGCGGAGGUUCCCGGGACAUCAAGUGAGACGAUAACGGAGACGGUUCAGACCAGCACACCGCCGCCGCCCCAGCAGGAGGGACGCAGUCUGACCAUCAAGCUGAGGAAGAGGAAGACGGAGAAGAAGGUGGAGUGGUCCAGCGACACCGUUGACAACGAGCACCUGGGGAGAAGAUCCUCAAAGUGCUGCUGUAUCUACGAGAAGCCCAGACAGUUCGGAGAGUCGUCCUCCGAGAGCGAUGGAGAGGACGAUGACGAAGGCUGCGGCAGCGCCCACUGCAUCCUCGGUCAUGGCAGGACAGACCACGGACAGAGGGGGGGCCGGGGGGCCUCGGGGCCUCCAAACUCUGGAGGGGCACACACACACUAAUGAGGCUGAACGAAGGGGGGGGGGGAGUGGUGAGGAGUUUCUCAUGCAUCAUACAAAAUGCACUCUGUCUUUAGUUUAGCUCCAUUAAGCGAGGAAAGGGGGCGGGCCGGAUGCUGCAUUCAGUAAAGAGUCAAAAAGUCCAGCUGCGUCUGAAAAAACGACAUCAUCAUUUCAUUAUCUGCUUCAAACGGCAGAGAGCAUGCUCAGUAACCUGCCAGCUCAUCAGGGGAACAUGGACUGAUGAGGACACGCCCACUUUUAAAAUGUCUCUGAUGUCUGCUGAAGGAGACGAGCUGUGAUCAAAACAGAAUCAGAGUCUUUCAUGUUUUAGCUCUUUUUACUACAAAUCCCAUAAUUCCUGCCAAAGGGUUCUGCGUUUCCUGCUGUUAAGGCUUCGGUUGAAAUUCUAAUUUGUGCUUCUGCUGCUGCUCCUCAAUUCAUACACUGAAAUGAUUUGUCUAAAACACUGAAUAUCUUUACUUGUCUAUAAUGUGCUCAGUUGUGCCAAUAUGGAGGCACAUUUCCCUGAUGUAAAAACAAAUAAUUUUUUUAUCUCAGUCUUUCUCUCUGUAGGUAGGCCUGCGUGUUACUGCGAGAACGAUACGAUUCACUCGACAGGGUGACAUCAUGUAACACGCUGUGAUAGUUUCACUGUUAUGUGAUUAUGUUUCUCUUUUAUCAUUCUUCAUUUACGUGCGUUUCCCCCAUAAAUAGGCGAAAUAAAAACUCUUAUUCAGGCUGUAAAAUAAUAGUGCGGUGAUGUAAAGCCUGACCGAUUAAUCGGCUGAUAUUAGCUUAUUCAGUGACUAUCGGUAUUGGCUAAUUUUAUCACAGAUAUGUGCCAAUAUUACUCGAUUUAUUUACGAGAAAAAAUAGCAUUUAAUUUGAGCAUCAUUGUAUUACACUGGCAUUUCUCUUUCUGACUGUCACCAGCAGAGGGCGCUUUUAGGAUUACAACAAGCACUCUCAGAGUGUCGAGCAGUGAUGCACGUACAUGGUCAGUUACUUUUGUUUGCUAACUGCAUCUGAGGAAUUAACAUAAUAAAUGUGUUUAUAUAUCCAUCUCUACAGAUCAGACGCAGAUCUAAGAAAGAUAUCGCCCGAUAUAUCGGUAUCUGAUCCCCCCCACCCAUCGUUAAAGAUAUCGGCGCCAACAUUCUCAUAUUGGUCGGAGUCUCCUCUGAUGUUUGAUGUUGUAGUUACAGGUUGGCGCCUGUUGAUUACACUGGUGACCUAAACAGGAUGUGAUCGUUCAUGAUCACAGACAUGUUGACUGUCAGCACCUUGUUGACAUGUUGAUGAGAGGGUGGAGCCGGAGAACGAGGGACGCUAGCUUGAUUUUCAGGGCAAACCCGUUAUUUAUCUGUUCGGGUGCUGAUUUUGGCUCGAUAAAAGAAACAAGUUUUAAAAAUUGAACAGCUCAUUCGUGCUGAAAACACAUUUUUCAGAUGCCUGUCACAGUGACCUGACGAUCCCAGGUAGCCCCGCCCUAAAUCCUCCCCUGCUGUCUAAUUUACCAAAUGAACAUCAUGCUUUGUCGAGACUUCAGACUAGAGAUUAAGAUCAUACAAAAAGUUUCCUGAGGAAUAAAUCAACAGAGAGGUUGGACCAAAGACUUCUCCGCUAUCAGACAUCUAUUUGGAAAGAGAGGAGUCGCAUCCUGCUGGGCUUUAGGAAGAAUGAAGGUUUAAUGUAAUUUCUAAUAAACGGUUCUAAAAUGAGCUAAAACAUGUCAGACGUCAUUUUCAAUGAAGCCAGAGGCGGUAAUCAUGACAUCACAGGAACUCCUGACCGGUUUCCGUGGAAACACUCAGCCUCCUCUGUCUCUCCACAGUCUGGAGCUGUUUGGAGAAACGUUCAUCAGCGGUGAUGCGAAGUGGUUUUUGUCAUUAAUGAGUUAAAAGCUUCUCCGCGCAGGGCUGAAGCUCCAAACAUGAAGUGAAGUGUUAUUGAUCAGCAGCGUGAUGGACUUUCUGACUGUGAGGCGGCCGUGCAGCACAGUGAGAGAGAGAGGGAGUGUUUUAAUGAUUUUAUUUAUUUAAUCCGGUCUUAACUCUGCUGAUACUUUACUUGCAGCCGACCACAGUCUGUGUAAUAACACCAUAAAUACAAACAGUACGAGAGAGAGAACUAUCACUCUCAUCAUGAAGGUACAAAGUAAAAUAAUCACACAAUAAACUCAUCAGUACCAGAGA